AUGGGAAACGCCAUUUCAUACGACGAAAAGACCUACGACCUGAAUCUCGGUGACAAGGGCAAGAUUCGCGGUAUUCAAUCUGAUCAGAAAUCUCGAAGAUAUGCUGGCAUUCCGUAUGCGCUUCCACCAACUGGCAACUACCGCUGGCGCAAACCGAGGCCUCUGCCACCUUCGUACACUUAUUCAAACGGUGAAGAUGGUCCCUUCAAUGCGACUCGAUUCAAGGCCAUAUGUCCACAAAAGGCAUUCCAUGUUGGAAAGGCCGAAGGAGGUGAUGGUAUUUAUAGCGAAGACUGCUUAUUCAUGAACAUCUGGACGCCCGUUGCUGACGAGAAGACCUCAAAAUGGCCUGUCAUGCUAUGGUUGCAUGGUGGCUGGUUCCAAAUGGGCGACCCCUCGCAAGACCCAGGCAUGGACCCGACGGAACUCAUUUCUACCGGCGGCCUUAAGGCUAUUAUAGUAUCUAUAGGCUAUCGACUGAACAUCUUUGGCUUCCUCGCUGGAGAGGCCCUUCUCGAAGAAAGCCGGGGUGAUUCAGCAGGCAAUUAUGGCCUUUGGGACCAGCGAAUGGCAGCUGAAUGGGUGAAGGAAAAUAUUUCACUAUUUGGAGGAGACCCCGAGAAUAUCACUCUGGCUGGCCGAAGCGCUGGUGCAUAUAGCGUUGAGGCUCAGAUGUUGCACGAGUUUCGGAAGUCAGGACCUAAGACAUCUUUAUAUCGCCGUAUUUUUAUGAACUCAAACGCCAUUCCUGCACAACCAAAGUCACUUCAGGAAACCAUGCCUCAGUUUGAAGAAGUCUGUCGAUUAUUCAACAUCGAUGACGGGGAUUCUGCGAAGGACAAACUUGCUCGUCUUCGGCAGGUCACAACCCAGGAUCUCAUUGAAGCUAUCCCCAAACUGAAGCAUCACACAUUCCGGCCUGUUACUGACCAUCUGUUUAUUCACCCAAACAUGAUGGAGUAUCUUAGUAGCAGAGACUUUGCCGACGAGUUCAAGUCAAGAGGCUAUAAGAUCUUGAUCGGUGAAGUCGCCAACGAGGAGACGCUUUACUCGGUUUACAACAGUCCGACUGAACCGAGUAUUGAUGCACUAAAGAUGCAGGUCAUGAACUACUACUCACCUCAAGUAUCCGAACGAGUGAUAAAGCGCUAUGACAUGCCGGUAUCUCAAGAUUUGGAGAAUUGGAAAAUAUUAUUUGGAAACAUUAUAUCUGACGGCCAGGUUCGAGCUCCAUCAAGGUCUCUUGUUCAGAGUUUGUCAGCAAACAGUGUGAAUAUUCAGGACAUCUGGCGUUACCAAAUAGCCUAUCGACUGUCCUUCAUAGACGAGAAGGUGGCUCCAUAUUCGUUCGGAGUGGCUCAUGCUAUGGACAAACCAUUCUGGAACUUUACAAUAACGCAUGGCCCAACAGAAGACGAAAGGAAAUUGAUGAAGGAUUGGAUUCAGAUCCUGUGUGCUUUUGUUCAUGGAGACAAUAACUACGACUAUGGAACUCAUUCAGUUGAUGACAUCAAAGUUAUAAAUCCCGAGGGUAGAAUCAUGGUCCAGAAGGAUAGUCGUUGGGAAGAGUUGAUAGACAUUGGCAGAAUAUUUAGUGGCAGCGAAGAAUGA